AUGGCUCUUGCACGAUUCACAAAGCCUGUGGAUGGCACCAUUCCAGUUCCCGCUCUAUUGUACGACGAUGAAGACUUAGUGACGAGCCAGGAUGGAGUUGGUAUAUACGAUGGCUCUGCGAAAUCCCCCCGUCACCAGAUAGGGAUCUUGGCGUUGACCUCUCUGCGUCUUUUCUUCAUCUCUGUCCCAGCACCAGCCGAUUCAUUCUACCUGGAUCUGUCUCACGUCGUUCGGACCGAUUACUAUGCUGGGCUUCUACGCUCUUCUGCUAAGAUCACCCUUCACCUCGAAUCCUCGUCGGAAGGCGGAAAAGAUACCGGCUCAGGGGACCUUAUUGAUGAACUGGACUGGUCGACCUGGGAGUGUGAAGUGUGUGGAAACCGCAAUGGUCCUGGUUGGAGCCCUGCCAAAGCAGCAGUCUGUUCUCUCUGUGGCGUACCUCGUUCUGUGUCGUCCGCGGCUGCGACUCCCUCAAAACCAUCACCUAGGCUAGCCCCUACCCAAGGUAGGACUACCUUAAAUAGCGCUUCUCUGCCUCUGCUUUCCGAAGGGGCCUCACAGGUUCCCGUCUCUGAUCCAGAGAGCGUUGGGCAAGUCAUUGCCUGUCCUGCGUGUACUUACCAUAACCCCCCUUCCCUCCGAACCUGCGAGAUAUGCGGCACAUCUUUGCCUGUUGCACCGUCGCUAAAGCAGGUGACUCGAUCCUUGACGGCAAGUCCAGCGCCUUCGAGUGCCGUCGGGAGUGAAGGCGCUUCCUUCAUAAAACUCAGUUUCAGGAAAGGGGGAGACAAGCCUUUCUAUACAGCUUUGAAGCGGACCUUGCAGGGAAAGGCUUGGCAGACGACGAGAUCAAUAGCCAGGGUAGCCGUCGGUACCACGUCUCCCGCCGCUACAGGUGCCUCCGGCAUUAACCAGAUUCUUAAUACCUUUCAAAACAAUGCUGAACAGCGCAGUACUUCCCUCUCGUCAGCUCUCUCAGAUUUGGAAGCCCUCGCAUCGCAAGCGAAACAAAUGGUGACCCUUGCAUCGGAACUCACUGAGCAAAUCCGUCUCGCCGAAGCGAGAAGCAAAGCCGAGGGUCGCGCAAGCCUUAGUGCUGGCUCGGAGGAGGCGGAGGCGGCGAACUUCAUCCAAACAUCUUUAGCGCAGUUGGGUCUGACUAUGGCAAACGCGCCUGUGACGCAAGAUAUGGUGAAGGAUGAGCGGAAAUGGAUGGAAGAGCUGGCGCGCGAGUUGGGUGGUUUGCUGCAGCAGGGCCAGGAGCAGAAUACGGAACAUUGGGAAGACGCGACGAGUAUGGCAUCUUCGCCAGGUAAGGAUAACACGAAGGCGACAGGUAUCAUGAGAGGAAGGGGUAUCGUGGGGUUGGAUGAGGUCUGGGGAGGAUGGAAUCGAGCCAGAGGAGUCGCCUUGAUUCCUCCUAGUACAUUCCUGCAGGUCCUCCCGCAUCUCCCGUCCUAUACUUCUCCACCUCUUUUAACCCGGACUUUCACGAGCGGGCUCUCCGUUCUCCAUACGCCUCGGUAUACUCAUGUCGCUUUUACGUCCCGGCUGUCCUCAAUGAUCACGCUGUCGGGCCCAUCUACGACCCUAGAGGUGGCGCGGGACGAGAAUGUUACUGUUUCAUUGGCAGGAGAGAUGAUUGCCGAGGUGGAGAAGGAUGGGGAGAUAUGCAGGGAUGAAGUACAGGUUGACGGCCCAUUCGGUGGAGGCAGGGACAUAAGAUGGUGGAUCAACAUCUUCGAAGACUAUGUCUGGGAUGGUCAGCAAGAUACGUAGCUAUGGCGAAGCGCUAGGCAACUGUAACUUCAGUUAGAGAUAUAGCAUUCGGAUGCGGCGAGGUGUUUACUUGGUGAGUCGUCAGAGUGACAGGAAUGCGGCUAACUGUGCAGUAACGCGGAGGGAAGCGUUUAACUAGAACUGCUUAAUACUUUGGAAGCUCGUGUUUCCUGAGCCUUCUUCAUAUAGACAAAGGUUCUGAAACCUGCUAUCAGGUGCAUUAAUCGAUAUUCUUCUCUUCAACAUGGUCCAUGUCCAUGCAAGGAUGCGUCACACAUGCACGUCAUGUCCCAUCUGCGGUGCUGGCUUAUCGAACGUUCAACCGC